CAGACUAAUAGAAACGAGCAUAGCCGUGGGUGCCCGCAACCAUGAAAUGCUUGCACUGUUUGCAAGAGCUGCUGCUCUGUCAGCGGACUAUGUCGUGAAAAGUGGGUUUCGUCUCUCGGGAUUUUGUCAAUAAAACGACACACCAAGGAGGGCUAAAAUAUGUCCGCCUCAGUGGGGCCCCACGGCGGCCCUCGCCCACCCACCGCGCCUUCCAUGCCCGAACUGCCGGACCUCAGUCACCUCACGGAGGAAGAGAGGAAAAUUAUCAUGGCUGUGAUGGUUCGGCAGAAGGAGGAAGAGGAGAAAGAAGAGGCCAUGUUAAACCGGCUGCACCAGCAGUUUGAGACCUAUAAGGACCAGGUGCGCCGCAUCGGCGACGACCCGCGCCGGCAGCAGGGCCAGCACAAGGACGACGCCCCCACCUGCGGCAUCUGCCACAAGACCAAGUUCGCCGACGGCUGCGGCCACCUCUGCUCCUACUGCCAGACCAAGUUCUGCGCGCGCUGCGGUGGGCGUGUGUCCCUGCGCUCCAACAACGUGAUGUGGGUGUGCAACCUGUGCCGUAAGCAGCAGGAGAUCCUGACGCGCUCGGGGGAGUGGCCGGCGGGGCGGGGGGGGAAGGCCCCCGGGCUGGGCGGGGCCGUGAGCGAUCCCGCCAUGUGCGUCAGCCCUGACCACGACAAGAAGGCGCGCUCCCGCUCUCAGGCCCCGCUCACGCAGGAUGGGCCCACCCUGGGGCCCGACGCCGGGAGCACGGACACCCCCACCCUACGGUCCCGCAGCGAGCCCCCCAGAGAGAGGAAACGGCCGCACUCUGUCCCGGAUCACAGCGGCCUGCUGGGCCUGCAGGGGGACCGGCCGCGGGGGUCCGGGAAGCUGCCGUCCCAGGCCUCGGAUGAGCAGGACCCCGGGGAGCGGAGGGAGAACCGGCGGCUGAUGAAGGUGCGCUCGCAGGAGUACCCCGACCCGCGGGAGGCGGCGGAGCCCUGGCGCAAGGAGGCGGAGGGGCAGGACGAGAGGAGGCGGAGGGAGGAGCGUUACCGUAGCGACCCCACCCUGGGGAAGCGCCCCCCUCCCCCGCCGGAGGAGCAGGCCCGGCGCGGCCACGGCAAGGCCCCGCCCGCCGAGGGGGAGUCCAGGGCCCCGCCGGAGAACCGGUCGAGCAGGCGGGGGGCGGAGGGGGAGCGCAAGGCUCCCCUGGAGAACCAUCGCUCCUAUUCGGCAGAUAGGACCGUGGGGGGAGGAGGGGGGCAGGGGGGACCUCCGCCAAAACAGAAACAGAACCACAACUCGAACCUGAACCAGGACCUCCAGCCCCCGGCGGCCCGGGCUGGGCCCGCGGCCCAGCCGCCCGACCUCAGGGAGCCCCCGGACUGGAGGAGGAACCCGCAGAGCCAGCUGGACCCCGCCUCGGCCGGCCUGGUGCGCAAGGCCAAGCGCGAGAAGAUGGAGAGCAUGCUGCGCAACGACUCGCUCAGCUCCGACCAAUCCGAGUCGCUGCGGCCGCCCCCGCCCCGCCCCUACAAGCCCAAGCGCGGCGUGGGCAAGCGGCAGGUGUCCCUGAGCAGCUCGGAGGAGGAGGGAGGCUCCACGCCCGAGUACAGCAGCUGUGAGGACCUGGACAUGGAGAGCGUCAGCGAGAAGGGUGACUGGGAGUGCCCCUGUCCGCAGGACCCCACGGUGUGGCAUCAUCCUGUCACAUGGCAGCCGUCCAAGGAGGGUGAUCAUUUGAUUGGACGAAUCACUCUGAGCAAGAGAACCGUGAUGCCCAAAGAAGCCGGGGCUCUUCUGGGAUUAAAGGUCGUGGGGGGAAAGGUCACGGAGACGGGCCGACUGGGGGCCUUCAUCACCAAAGUCAAGAAGGGCAGCCUUGCUGACGUGGUGGGACAUUUACGGGCAGGCGAUGAGGUGCUGCAGUGGAACGGGAAAUCGUUGCCGGGGGCGACUAAGAAAGAAGUUUACAACAUCAUCUUGGAAUCCAAAGCAGAACCUCAAGUCGAAUUAGUUGUUUCAAGGCCGAUUGGAGAUAUUCCAAGAAUUCCAGAAACAUCCCACCCUCCAUUAGAAUCUACAGGUUCAAGUUCCUUCGAGUCGCAGAAAAUGGAGCGCCCCGCCAUCUCGGUCAUGUCCCCCCUCAGCCCCGGGACGCAGAGAGACCCGCCCCAGGUCCUCCCUGGACAGCUCUCGGUGAAGCUGUGGUAUGAUAAAGUGGGACACCAGCUGAUCGUCAACGUGCUUCAGGCCACAGAACUGCCCACUCGGCUGGACGGGAGGCCCAGGAACCCCUACGUCAAAAUGUACUUCCUCCCCGACAGGAGUGACAAGAGCAAACGAAGGACCAAAACAGUGAAGAAGAGCUCGGAGCCGAGAUGGAACCAGACCUUCCUCUAUUCGCACGUGCACCGGAGGGACUUCAGGGAGCGCAUGCUGGAGAUCACAGUGUGGGACCAGCCUCGCGUGCAGGAGGAGGAGAGCGACUUCCUGGGGGAGAUCCUGAUCGAGCUGGAGACCGCUCUUCUGGACGAUAAGCCUCAUUGGUACAAGAUGCAGUCACAUGACGUGUGUUCCCUCCCCCUGCCCCACCCCUCGCCAUAUCUGCCCCGCAGACACGUCCAUGGUGACAGCCCCAACAAGAAGCUGCAGAGGUCUCAGCGCAUCUCUGAUGCAGAUUGUGGUGAUGGUAUUGGAGUAGUGUCCACAGGUGGAGAGAGGGACAGGGACAGGGAGAGAUCCGGCAUGCUGGCAGUUCCGGAUCAGCAGAGGUCUACUCACCAGCGUUCCCGAUCCGUGUCCCCCCACCGUGAGGAGCAGGAGAGGGGCCGCUCUCGCCCCCCCAGUGUACCCCUGCAGAGGAGUCUAGAUGAGAUCCACCAUGGCCGACAGUCUCGAUCGCCAACCCGUCACCGAGGCCGGCAGGAGCCAGAGUACUCCGAGGACAGCGAGUUCAUCGCCGUCCGCGAAUCAAUUCGAGGCAGGAGUGCGGAGUGCCUGCACACAAAAAGGAGCUCAUCUAGGCACAGUAAAACACUGCCACCUAAGAUGCCCCUUUUAGUGAACGGUAUUCAUAAGAACUUAUACAGCUCCACUCUCCCUGCAUGCCAAAAGAGCAGCUCAAGGCUGAAGCCCAAUGACAGCACAGCAUCUCACAGCGUCCUCACACACCUGCUCAGGUUCAAUGAUGAGGUCACCAUUAGUGAUCUGCAGCCUGCUCUUGACAGGGUUAGGAGUGCUAGCACCAACUGUUUGAAACCAGACACUAGCUUCCAAUCAGAUGAACCGGAAAGGUGCUUCCAGUCCCUCCCCCGCAGACCCGCCAGCCCCCGGAUAUUAAUCCAGCACGCUUCCCCCGAGGACGACAGCUGGAUGGUGGAGCCUGUUAUACCCACACAAGAAAUGGGGAACCGCCUCAGUGCAAGUCCUGAGGCUCGGAGGCAGCCGAGAAGUCUGGACGUGUCGAGCUGUCACAAUCUGGGCAGGAAAUGCCCGGACAGCGGCAGGACACACCCCCACACCAGCCCCGCCAACACCUCUGCCACAGGGGCUCCCGCCCAAGGCCGCAGGGGCAGGCAGCUCCCUCAGGUGCCCGCAAAGAGCAGCAGCAUAGAACAAGGAGACGUAAAUCACAAGUCUGAUGGAAAAGCUUUGGCUGUGGAGGAGAGAGCCAGACAGGUGCAGAUGAGAGCCCAAACCUACAGGACACCCGCCCAGCCCAACCAGGACCAGGGGAGGGACCUGAAGAACAAACGAGAGCUUUAUAAGGAGCAGCGUCGGAGCUGUGACAACGUGUCGGCCAAGUCCUCGGACAGUGACAUCAGCGACGUGUCAGCCAUCUCUCAUGCCAGCAGUGCCUCUCGUAUCAGUAGCACCAGCUACAUGUCCAUACAGUCGGAGCGGCCCCGGGGACGCCUCAGUGUCGUUUUAAACGCUGCGUCCUCUCCCCCGCCCAGCCGGCAGAUGCGGCCGUCUGGCCGCAGCAUGCUGAAGAGCACGAGCGUGAGCGGGGAGAUGUACGGGCUGGAGCGCACGGACGGCAGCCAGUCGGACACGGCGCUGGGCUCGCUGGGCAACGUGGGGAAGAAGCGGCGGUCCAGCCUGAGCGCCCGCGUGGUCGCCAUCGUGGGCCUGCCCUCCCGACGCAGCCGCAGCACCUCGCAGCUCGGCCAGACCGAGGCUGCCAACAAGUCCAAGCCGACGAAGGGGGGGAUCCAGCGCAGCCAGGAGACGGGCAUGGCGGUGGAGUACCCGCGGAACGCCAUGGCUCGCCAGGCCAGCCGAGAGUCCACCGAUGGGAGCAUGAACAGCUACAGCUCAGAGGGAAAUCUGAUCUUCUCAGGGGUGCGGCUGGGAGCUGACAGCCAGUUCAGUGACUUCCUGGAUGGUCUUGGCCCCGCCCAGCUGGUGGGACGGCAAACCCUGGCCACACCUGCCAUGGGUGACAUCCAGAUCGGGCUGAUGGACAAGAAGGGUCAGCUGGAGGUGGAGGUGAUCAGGGCCCGGGGACUCACCCCAAAACCAGGAUCCAAAUCUCUGCCAGCUCCGUAUGUAAAGGUGUACCUGCUGGAUAGCGGAGCGUGCAAAGCCAAAAAGAAAACCAAGAUUGCACGGAAGACCUUGGACCCCCUGUACCAGCAGGCCCUGCUGUUUGAGGAGAGCCCCCAAGGCAAAGUGUUGCAGGUAAUAGUCUGGGGAGACUAUGGGCGAAUGGACCAUAAAUGCUUCAUGGGAGUAGCGCAGAUCCUAUUGGAGGAGCUGGACCUAUCCAGUACAGUGAUUGGCUGGUACAAACUGUUUCCCCCCUCCUCAUUGGUGGACCCCACGCUAGCCCCCCUGACGCGGCGAGCCUCCCAGUCGUCGCUCGACAGUUCCUCGGGACCACCGGGCGUCCGGUCCUAGUGACCGCAUCGACAAGCCGACCAGGACAACAAUCAGAACCCGACAAGAACCGCGUGCAAAGCUUUGUUGGAGCCUGACAAUCACACAAGUUACUUUUGACUUUGACACUAGAGCUUUAUUUAGAUUUUAUUAGUUGAUUUUUAUUUUCUUUGUUUUUUUACAUUUUCGUUUAUGUUUGAUUCGAAAUAUUUUUUCAUGAAACAGGGCUGUCACAAAACAUAGGAGAAAAAAAAUAAAAUUCCACAGAAACAGACUAUGCUGCUUGUGACUAAUAUAGAAACCAGUGUUGAUGCCUACUCGGCUGGUUUUAACCAAACAAAUAGAUUGUUUUAGCUGAAUAAAAAUGAGUGUCUAAGUGCAUGGAUUAGAGAGAGGUCUUUCUCUGGCCACCCGCUGAAGCUGCCAUUUUGAUUGUCUCUACGGGGCCCCGUUCUGCAUGCCAGUCCCUGAGCCGGGACAGGCCAGGGUUCAGAGUUCAGAGGUCAGGGGUCAUCAUAAAAAGAUUGCUGCGAAGUGUUCAGUACAGGGGGCUCAUUCCAAUCGCUUAUUUUAUCCCUCCUUGUCUCCUCGUUCCUCAACUGCCCUGGAAGUCGUUUGAGGUCUGGCAUCUUUAAGGACAUUCCAACCGGUUAAGGAGCGAGGAGCUAGGAGGCUCCCAAAGGACUCUUGAGCAAGGAAACACGGGUACAUCCUUUGGGGAAGUAUUUUUUUAGAACACGCGACAUACAAAUUAUACAUUUGUGGAUCCACCUCUCCCCAUCUGCCAUGUCUGUAAUUGACCUGGCUUCAAACUAAUGUUUAAAAGAGCAGGGAUGUUCCGUUGGCCUGAUACACGUUUCCUCGAUUCCUCCAUCCUCGCUUCCCUUCCUCGUCUCCUCCGAUGGGUGGAGGGGCACGGACGGGAAGCGAGGGGGUGAAGAUGAGCGAUUGGACGGAGCCUGGGGUGUUUGCUGAGCCCCUGGUCCUUUGGGAGGGCCCAGGUUCGGGCCGCGCUGAUCUUGGCAGAAAGGCCCUUCCUGUCUGUUUACAGCGGCCUCCGCAGGCUGCGUCCGCAUUUCAUUUCCGGUCCUUUCCGUUCCCGCCGAGUUCCUUUGCUCACGCGUUUGCAUCGCGAGUAGCGCUCGCCACUUUGGAGGUUUGCGCAGGGGCAGUGACGGGAAACGCGGACGAACGAAUAAACCGAAAGCAAUGUAAAACAGCGCUGGGGGCUGUUAGCGCAGGCAGCCUCAGGUUCCAUUACCACAGUGAAGUUCGCUCUUCAUCUCUCACAGAGUGAACGGGCCUACGCUUACGUCCUCCCCAGCUAAUGAGAUUAAACGGGGGGUUUUUGUACCCGCCAUUUUAAGCAGGGGUCGCGGGGACCGCGUCUGUCAGCAACCGCCGCGUUCUACCGAACCCGAGGAGGAGGAAGACUCCUCCCGGAGGAGUUUCCUUUUUGAAGAAACUCCGCUCACGUUCAGGUCGUUUUCAUUUUUUGGGAAUCACUUCUUUCGUUGUAGUUAAAUCAGAUUUAAGUUUAUAUGGAUUAACGCAAGCACAAUAAUUUGUUUUCCACAUCCGCAAAAUGUUUCGCUGUUUGGAGAAAAGAAAACCAAACUACAGUUAGCUUUGCCCCUCUCCCCUACCCCCCCUCCACCCCCAACAUUCCAUUUUGUCUUUGCCUAAAUUUUGGGGGUAAGAGUCAUAAUGACCCCUCCAGAGAAUCUCUGUGAAUGUGAUGGUUAGAUUGUGUGGGGGUGUGCUUGGGAGGGGGUUGGGGGAAUGGGGUAACACUCUGCCCCCUCUCCCGCCCCACUGACGGGCCACCGACUCUUCCUCCCAGUGGAAGCAGCAUGACUCCGGAUCUGUCCCAAGCUGCAUGCACAUUUGUAAAACAAGACAGACGAACAAGUGAUUUAAAUUAAAUAUGUGUGUUAGUUCCACAUACUGUAGGCCAGCUUGUAUGUUGCAUGUAGUUGUACAGUUUGCUCGUACUUACUAUCAAAUUUUUUGGAAGAAAAAUAAUAAAUAAAUAAAUAAAAAUUAUAACCAAGAGACCGAAGCCAUUCAUAUCACAUGUAGACAGUUGGCCCAGCUCAACCCAGACCAUAGCCUUCCUUCUGGUGCCAAACGUCUACACAAAAGUUUUAUAAAUACAUUUAUUUUUCCUUUUUUUACCCUAUGGAUAAAAGUGCUGUAUAGUACUGUGGUACUGAGCAGUUCCAGGUCCUGAACUUGUUGGUGUACACUGUAGUCUACUACUAUGGAGCUGGGACUAGCGUACGUAGAAGUGGUGUAUAAACAAGAGCUAACUGUACAUGAAGUAUGAUUAUAGCAAAACAUUAAGAAAGAUAUAUAGAUAUAUAAAUAUAUGAAACAGAAAAAUAUAUGUACACAAACACCCUUACACAGACACAGAUUUUGUAUUUAAAAAAAAGAAAGCUGUGUGGUAUGUUGAUAUUUACAGAGGCAGACUCAAAUUUUAGCAGAUCAAAGUCUUGUAUUUUGGGACCGCUGAGCGGACCAUGCCCCGUAUAGAAACCCCGCAAGACCCCCCCCCCCCACCCCAACCCCCAGCCCAACAUUACGGCCAAACUGAACACUGGGAACUUGGAUGCCUCCUACCUAGUCAAGAGUAGUCAGAACGCUCCCUUGUGCUUCAAAAUGGACUCCCAAGACCACGCCAUGUAAACAUGUUAAAUAAAGUUUACUUUCCCAUGUCCAGUGAGGCUUUCUUUCCUUUGUCAGUAUUAUUGAAGAAAAUGCUGAUUGUUUACAAUUUACGUGUUCCACUGAAACCGAAAAAGUAUUAACUGCAACAUUUCUUGUUUGUAAUAACAGAUGUGGCUCAAAUGAUGUGUAUGUUUUAUAUUAAAGAGUUCAUUUUUAUUAUUUACAAAUAAAAGAUUGUGUGGAAGAAA